GACUCUGCUCCUCUCUCUCCUUCCUUCGCCUCCAGCUGUUCUGCCACUGCUAGUCAGCACUGUGCUGUGUUUGGGGUGCACCAUGCUGCACGCAGCUCCCCUGACAGAGUUCUCCGGGGAUCAGGAUUUCCAGCAAUUCCUGCAGAAGGACCUGGAAUACAUCCGCAAAAUCAAAGGGGACGUCGCCCAGGUGCAGGAGCUUGUGUGCACGACCCUCCAGCUCUGCAACGAGGAGGAGCUGAUGCUUGUCAAGCAGAAACUGGGCAUUUCCCAGGCCCCGCUGGAUCUGUGUCACAGCAAGACCUUCCAAGUGGAUGCCUGCUUCAGCCAGAUCCGGGACGGGCUCCAAAUCUACCACGGCCACCUCGCCCUCCUCCUCCAGCUCCUGCCGGCUCACUCCAGCCUAGUGGAUGCCCUCCAGCUGGACGUCUCAAACCUGUCCACUAACAUCCAGCAGCAGAUGGAGGAUCUGGGUCUGAACACGGUGACGUACCCCAAGGCCGAGGGCCAGGGCACCCUCCCCAGCCUCUCGUCCGACUUCGACAAACAAGCCGGCGGAUUCAUCAUCCUCGCCAACUUCAAGCGCUUCCUGGAGACGUCCUUGCGGGCCCUCCGCCACCUCACGCUGGUGUGAAGGGGCGCGGGGGUUGGCGCCUGAGAAGUCCCAUGCCUUGGGGAGGGGCUCCGGGCUUUGAGAUCUAAGGGGGAGUUUUACGGGGGGUGUCUCCCAGCCGGAGGAUGCUCUGCUCAUCCAGCCUGGAUUCUCCCUUAUUCCCCCCACCACCUCCACUCUGCAAAGCAACAACCAAGGCUCUUAACUAUUGGACUGGGGCAUCAGCAGCAGCUGCCCCUCCCUCUCGGGGUCAAUGGCAAACCCUGCCCCAAACCCGUUUACUAUUCCCCGGGGUUUGAGGCUGGGCAUGGUUCUCUUUUAGGGUGACCAGAUAGCAAGUUUGAAAAAUCAGGACAGGGGUGGGGGUAAUAGGUGCCCCAAAUACUGGCACUGUCCCUACAAAAUCAGGAUAUCUGGUCACCCUGUGUUAUUUAAAGGUUAUUUAUUUCUCAUUCGUGAGCUUCACCACUGGUUGGUGCAUCCACACACGCAGCCCCAAUGCAAACCCUGCCCGGCUUAUUUAAUAUUUAUCACUAUUUAAUAUAUUUAUAGGGGUUUGGAAGCAGUUGGCAGACGUAUUUAAGUGCAACUGGUCUAUGGUAUGUUUUUAAAGUCAAACUCCAUUCCCUUUAUAAUGACCCACGGGCAUCAUCACUGAAUGUUUUGCAGCAUCAGCAAAUCCGGGAGCAGGGCCUGGGCUGCUGGUUGUGCAUUUUUACAUGUGCGUGCAAUGGAGUUACUGUUUAAUAUUUAAACAAACGAGCGUCUCCAGUACCGGGGGGUUUGCUCUUUGGUAGCCAAAAGCUCCUGGCCCAGCUCCCCGUGGGAUCUGGGGGAGUAGGACGGCACAGCAGGCUCCUGAAUUAGCAAAGUCCUUGGCUAGGGUACUGCUUAUGCCUAGCCCUUCUCAUUGAAUGACAGGGAGGUUUUCCUCCAGGGGAGAUUGGCAGAGGCCCUGGAGGUUUUUCGCCUUCCUCUGCAGCGUGGGGCACGGGUCACUUGCUGGAGGAUUCUCUGCACCUUGAGGUCUUUAAACCACGAGUUGAGGACUUCAAUAACUCAGGCAUAGGUUAGGGGUUUGUUCCAGGAGUGGGUGGGUGAGAUUCUGUGGCCUGCAUUGUGCAGGUCAGACUAGAUGAUCAUAAUGGUCCCUUCUGACCUUAAAGUCUAUGAGUUUCUGAGGUUUCCAGCUCACCCUCCCAGAAAACCAGCUUUUCUGAAACUUUUCUUAUAUUAUUUUUAUAUAUUUAUAUUUUUCAAAUGCACAAUCCACUGUUCCUCCUCGUUCACCCAUGAGAUUUACAUUCAUGUCAAACUGAUUUUAUUUAUUAUAAUUUAACUUAAUGAUUUACAUCUUCAUUUUUACUAUUAACUGUCAUCGCUCCUUUCAUUUCAAAUGAUUUUUUGCCGAGAAUGGCUCAAACCUGAAUCCUACCAGACUCAAAUUCCAGCUACUCUGAAUCCAACCAGUGUGAACUGGGCUGGAGGGAUUGGCAUUGCCCAUAUGCUUCAAAGCGGUCACCGACAGACAGCCCCCGUGCAUUUCGAUAUGAAUCACAUUGUACUAGAUUAGCGGAGACUGUGCAAUUCUACCUCGCCAGAUGAUCCAGAUGAAGAAUGUCCAUUCUUGAAUGGUUGGAAUUUAAUUAAAAAAAAACAAAUGCAAGAUCUUCAUUGACAAAUUCUGGAGUUUUGCCUAUUAACUUGGCAAAAUGCCCAGCAGAGUGGGAUAUUUUGUAAUUGUCUUGAACUGGUUUAUAUUUCAAUGUGUUGUAUUUAUUACUGUGUCUGGGCAUGGCUCAGACCAAAUCGAUUUAUAUUUUUAUUUAAAACAAAGAAUUAAAAAUAUUUUGGUA